AUGCCACGCCAUUGGGGCCCACAAUGCCGACAGAACGAUCCCCGCGAAGAGGCCGUAGACGCCGAGCGACCGCGUGAAGAUCAGUUCCAGCGCAGUGCAGUAGAUGGGGCCCGUCCGGAACAACAAUCUGCUUUGCUGCUGCAUGCCAUCCGCCAGCCAUAUGAGGUGGCUUCUGACCAUGCUGUUCCUGAGAUCCAGAACGACACGGAGCUGCUGGUCAAGGUCACUGCUGCUGGACUGAACCCGAUAGACUGGAAGUCACCUGACUUCAAUUUCGGCGUGCCCGUGUUCCCUUUCAUUUCCGGCCGCGAACUCUCCGGGGUCGUUGUCAAGGCUCCCAACACUCCACACGCCCGCAUACGCGAAGGCGAUGUGGUGACGAUCCCGUCAACCGACUAUCGCGACCUGCGCAAAGCGGCGUUUCAGGAGUACACCAUAGCCUCGUCUUUCAACACCAUACGACUACCGCACAGCGUCUCGGCCGAGUCGGGAAGCAUAUUGGGGGUUGCAUUCGUAUCCGCUGUGCUGGCACUAGGCAUUUGCAUGGGCGUCAGCUUUGAAAGCGUCGAAGACGGCCCCGAUCUGUUGAGCAUCGUGCGCAGCAUCGAUCCCGCAAGACUGCCCGCGGACAUCAGGAAAGAGUGUCUGGAAAACAUCUGCGAGGCCGAUCGCGCCAAAGCCGGCGAUUACCUGGUCAUCUGGGGCGGCAGCUCGACGAGCGCACACCUCACGAUGCAGGUUGCGAGACUGACAGGUUUGAAGAUCGUGUCCGUCGUCGACCACGCAAAGCACGGGAUCCGCCUGUCGUCACACGCAACCACACGCGCAGAUCUGCUAGUCGACUCACACGAUCCCGAGCGAGCAAUCGCAAUCAUCAAGCGCGCGACAAGCGACGGUGCGCGCUUCGGCUUCGACACGGCGGGGAAAGACUCGGCCGCGCAGCUACUGCGCGCGCUCGCAUCGUCCUCGUCCUCGAUCGCCUCGCUGCCGAAAGAAGCGCGCAACUACGAACGCAAGGACUCCAAGCUCCCCACGCCGCCAUCGACGCCGCUUGAGCCCGCAGAAGAAGCGCCUCGAUCGCACUUGGUCGGACUGACGGGGCUGCCCAAGACUGAUAUCCCAGAGGACGUGACGCUGCACAAUGUGCCGAUCAAGCUGUUCCAUGAGAUCCCGGAGGUUGGGGAGGCGCUGAGUGCGUGGUGCGAGCGCUUGCUUGUGAAAGGCUUGUUGGUGCCGCCGGAUGUUGUGGGGACUGUGGAGGGGUUGGGCGCGAUCAACGAUGGGCUGGACAGGAUGAGGAGGAGGGAGAUUAGUGGGGGGAGACUUGUGGCUGUCUUGCAAUAG